AUGCUAAUGAAUCAUGGUCUCCACCCCAGCACGCACAAGCACAAGAGCCAGGAGCGCUACCCCUGGGGGCGCUACCACUGGCUCGACUCCCUCCUCGGCCUCCCGGCCACCCGGCAACGCCUCUUCCUCUCCCACCGCCUCGCCACCUCCCACCUCUCCAACGCCCUGGGCUCUCUUGUGUUUCUCGGAACCCCGUUCUAUGUGAAGAAAUGGGACCGCGCAGGGGUGUUCCGGCUUGCGGUGGUGACUGUUCUGUCAGUGCUGGUGGUGCUGGGAGUGGUGCUCGGUUCUGCGCUCUUCUGGGAGGUGGUGCUGAUGCAGGUCGUUCAUAUUGAGGUGACUCAGCUGCUGCUGUGGCCCCUCGUGGUGGUGGCUGCUGUUGGUUUAUCCGGUUUCUGCCUCUGCCUCUGCCUCUGCCUCUGCCUCUCCUCCCUCUGCCUCUCCUCCCUCUGCCUCUCCUCCCUCUGCCUCUCCUCCCUCUGCCUCUCCUCCCUCUGCCUCUCCUCCCUCUGCCUCUCCUCCCUCUGCCUCUCCUCUCUCUCCCUCUCCUCCCUCUGCCUCUCCUCCCUCUGCCUCUCCUCCCUCUGCCUUUCUUCUUGCAGACCUGGCGCCAGCCUGCCGGCGCCGAUACUUGUGGAGGUUGUACGGAGCGUGAUUGUAACGAUUGUGUUCGGGCUAGGUCCUAAAGAGCUCAGCUUUGCGAGUGUGUAUGUAGACGAGGUGUUGGAUCUGCACCUCUGGUCACACCACGUGGAGCAUUGGAACGUUCAGAAGCUUCUGGCUGAGGCCAAGACACAGUCUUUAGAAGGGAAGCUUAUGCCUGGUUACCAGGAUGACACUGUAGAUGCGGGUGGGGUUGACACUGGGGGAGGUGAGUCAUUGGAGGGGCUGGGUCUGGGUCCUGAUAAUGAGGCACAUUCGGUAUUUCCAUGGGGAAGAGAAGGGGGGACUCAGGGGGGAAGGGACUCAGGGGAGUCAGGGGGGGUGGAGGAAGAGUGGGUGGAGGAGGAGGAGGAGGAGGAGGAGGAGGAGGAGGAGGAGGAGGAUGACAACAAUGACGACGCUAAGAGAGAGAAUGAAGAGGAAGAGGGGAGUGGAGAGCAGCAGCAACAGCAAUUGCUAUACGAGUUUCUGUGGGAGGACAGCAAGCUUGAAGAGGCAGCAGCGGCGUCAGGGACGUAUGAGGUGGUGAAGCAACCAUGCGUGAUGAUCGAGGAGCAUAAAGGAGAGCUCACCGGCCGUUUCGACCUCAACCACGGCGCAUACCGUCGAGACCCCCGCAUCCUCAUAGUAAUCUCUCAUGCCCCUUGCUCCCCUCUUGCUUCCGAGCAGAUCAAGCAGCUGUGUGUGAUGAUCGAAGAGCACAUAGGAGAGCUCACCGGCCGUUUCGACCUCAACCACGGCGCAUAUUAUAGAGACCCGCGCAUCCUCGGGGUUGUCGCGCACUUCCUGCAGCACCGGGCGCUUCCCGAUUGGUCGAAAUCUCUCGAUGCAGAUCUGCUGCGCGUUCGGUCCUUGUCUGCACUUUCAGUCCUUUCUCAAAGAGCGUCUGGACAAGGAAUGAGCAUGAGAACGGGCAUGCGAAUGGGUGAAACGGGAGAGGGGUUGGAGGGUACGGGGGGUUUGGGAGGUGCAGGAGAAGGCACUCACGCGGCGCACACACCGUGCCAUUCGCAGGACAAGCUGUUGGGCCUCUAG